UAUUAUUUAAUUUUUGAUGUUCCGUCAUUUUAAAAGCUCUCUUGUGUACUUGUCAAAGGGAGUCUUACAACAAUCAUCAUUGGACUUUCCCCCCCUUUUCUCAGGUUCCCUUCUCGUUCAACCAUGUCUUCCAUCAACUCAGAAUAUGGUCUUCUCUUGAUCGACAUCCAACAGGGCUUUAACGACCCAAAUCAUUGGGGAAGGAAACGCUCAACGCCCAAUUUUGAGGAAAAUGUCAAAGAGCUUCUGGCCACUUUCCGUGCUGUUGCACCUAACAACAUUUUUCAUGUUUGCCAUCUCUCAACUCUGCCGCAUUCGCCAUUGCAUCCAGACAAUGGUGCAGUAGAUUUUCAACCAUACGCUGCUCCCUUGCCCUCUGAGCCAACCUUUCCUAAGCAUAAAAACUCGGGAUUCUACGGCACAAAUCUCGAGGAAGCCAUUCGUGAACGCAAAAUUACCACCCUCGUUGUCUGCGGUUUGAUGACGGAACACUGUGUUAGCUCCACGUUGAGAAUGGCCUCAGAUCUUGGGGUUGUAGACGGCGUCGAUGGAGAAGAUAGUAAAGGGCGUAUCUUACUUGUACAGGAUGCAACAGGCUCUUAUGAUACUACUUUCGGUGGGAGAUACUACGAUGCUGAGACUGUUCAUGCAGUUCAUUUAUCAGGCCUGGAUACCGAAUUUUGCCAGGUGGUCAAUCUAAAAGUUGUUUUGAGGGAAUUGAAGGGUCAAAGAGAGAAUAGGUAGAGCUAGAAGCACAUUUUGCAAUCGCGAGGCUAGGUCAACAGCACACAAGAAUUGAGACUGUAUGAAG